AUGGGUGCCGCUCCAGUAAGUGCGGUUGGUGGCGUGGGUGUCGGGGUGGUGGGGGGCGCAGACCCGCCCCCUCCAUCGGCUUCCACACCUCCGCUGGCUCCGCCGGCCCCGUCUCCAGCUCCUGUGUCGCCUGAAGGGUGUGGGCCUGUACCCCCUGUGGGUGAGGCUGAUGUUUUUCCGGAUCGUGUGUUGCCCGGUGACUUGCGGCCGGCUGUGGGCUCUACUGGGAUGCCUCCUGCUGGAGGCGACAGUUUGGAUGAUCAGAGGCCUCUGUCCAAGCGUUCCCAGAGGGCUAGGAGUGUGUCGCCCCCUCGUGGGUGGGCUGCAGAGUGUGAAGUUGUGGAUGAUGAUGUGAUGGAGGGGCCUGUGCGGCCUCCUGUGGCGCCUAUGGCACCUGCUGCUGGUGCCUCCCCUCCUUGA